AUGGAAUCAGAGCUAAAGGAUAUGAAUUCGAAUCCACCAUCAAGCAAAGAGGAACGCCCUUUGCUCAAAUCAGAAUCCGAUGUAGCCGCCGCCAUUGAAGAGCUCGACAAAAAGUUCGCGCCUUACGCGAGGACGGAUUUGUACGGGACGAUGGGUUUGGGUCCUUUUCCGGCGACGGAGAAGAUUAAGCUUGCGGUGGCGAUGGUGACGCUUGUUCCUGUUCGGUUUAUUCUGGCGAUGAGCAUAUUGGUUCUGUAUUACUUGGUGUGUAGGGUGUUUACUCUGUUCUCGUCUCCGUAUCGCGGGGCAGAGGAAGAUGAGGAGGAGGAAGAAGGUGGAGGUGGAGGUGUUGUUCAGGAAGAUUAUGCUCACAUGGGAGGGUGGAGAAGGGUUGUGAUUGUGCAGUGUGGGAGGUUUCUCUCUAGGGUUUUGCUUUUUGUGUUUGGGUUUUAUUGGAUUCCUGAGAGAUGUCCGGAUCCUGAAACCACUUCUUCUGAGGAAGGCGACAAGGAGGAACCUGAAAGACCUGGAGUGAUUGUGUCUAAUCACGUUUCGUACCUUGACAUUUUGUAUCAUAUGUCUGCUUCUUUCCCUAGUUUUGUUGCCAAGAGAUCAGUAGGCAAACUUCCUCUUGUUGGCCUCAUCAGCAAAUGCCUUGGUUGCGUCUAUGUCCAACGAGAAGCAAAAUCACCUGACUUCAAGGGUGUAUCUGGCACAGUAAAUGAUAGAGUUAGAGAAGCUCAUAGGAAUAAAUCUGCUCCAACUAUUAUGCUUUUUCCAGAAGGAACAACUACCAACGGAGACUACUUACUUACAUUCAAGACAGGUGCAUUUUUGGCCGGAACUCCGGUUCUUCCUGUUAUAUUAAAAUAUCCGUACGAGCGUUUCAGUGUGGCAUGGGAUACAAUAUCCGGUGCACGUCACGUUCUCUUCCUUCUAUGUCAAUUUGUAAACCACUUGGAGGUGAUACGGUUACCUGUAUACUACCCGUCACAAGAAGAGAAAGAUAAUCCCAAACUCUAUGCUAGUAAUGUCCGGAGACUAAUGGCCAGUGAGGGUAACAUGAUACUGUCUGAUUUGGGACUUGGCGACAAAAGGAUAUAUCACGCGACCCUCAAUGGUAAUCUUAGUCAACUCCGUGUUUUCCAUCAGAAAGAGGAAUGA